CAACAAGUUAGAUCUCGGACAUAAACGGCGUUGAGCAUGGUUGGUCUUGCCAUGUGUCUGCGGGGGAAGUAGCUGCUACUACUUUGGUUCGGUACGGCACGACUACAUACCUGUGUGACCGCAAACGGAUCCCCACUGUUAGAGGGUCUCCAUAUUUAUAAAUACCUCGUGAACCUGGGCACACAACAAGCUUCAAUUUGUUAAAUCGUCUUUGCAUCAACCCAUUCUCAUUCUUAUUGGAAACUCCUCACAGACAACAACCGAAAACUCAAACAUCAUGAGCAACAAGGCAGCUUGGAUCACAGAGGCCAAAGGCAACCCUUUGAAGGUUGACGAUGCAGAGCUACCGAAAGCCGGACCGAAUGAGGUCAUCAUCAAGAAUCAUGCUGUGGCGGUCAAUCCUGUAGACUGGAAAAUCCAGGACUCUGGCUUCUUCCUACAGAAAUAUCCCAAUGUCCUCGGAACGGAUGUUGCAGGAGAAGUUCACGAAGUUGGAGAAGGCGUCACACAUGUCAAGAAGGGAGACCGAGUCAUUGGCCACGCCUUUUCUCUCGUGACGAAUGCUCCCAGAAACGGUGGUUUCCAACUCUACUCCGCCAUCAACGCAAUCGUAGUGUCCAAGAUUCCCUCUUCCCUCUCUUAUGCAUCCGCCGCCGUGCUGCCCCUCGCCAUUUCUACUGCAGCGGCAUGCCUAUUCAAGAAGGAAGCGCUGGCUCUCCCAUUGCCAACAUCCACGUCCCCCCAGAACACAGGCAAGUCUGUAUUGGUAUGGGGCGGCUCGAGCUCUGUAGGCGCGACUGCUAUCCAGCUGGCAGUCGGCGCAGGCGUCAAAGUCGUCAGUGUUGCCAGCAAGCACAACAUCGCCAAAUUGAAGGAAUUGGGCGCUAGUGACGUAUUUGACUACAACUCGCCCACUGUCGCCGAUGAUGUCAUUUCUGCUUUGCAAGGUACGGAGUUUGCUGGUGUCUGUGACUGCAUCGGCUCAGAAGAUGCUGUUAAGGCAUGGACGCCCGUUUUCAAGAAGCUUGGUGGGCAAUACGGCUCUGUCAACCCGAGGGUGACUGGUUUGCCCGAGGGAAUCACGGGUGCCCCCGUUUUUGCACCUUCAGUUGGUCUGGCAGAUCGCUAUGUUGGCGAGGCAGUGUGGGCUAAGUAUGUCCCCGCAGCCUUGGAAGCGGGCAAAUUGCAGGCGAAGCCGGACCCCAUUGUUAUUGAAGGAGGGCUCGACAAGGUACAAUCGGGUCUAGAUAAGCUGAGACAGGGCGUCAGCUACGCAAAGGUUGUCAUUGCCCUUUAAGAUUAUCCGUUCGAAUUUGUCAUAGAGUGGUAGAGGAAGAUGUUCCCUUUUUGAAUUCUUAACAAUCAUGAUAUACAAUUAGCUCCAACAAUGCAGCUCAAUUGAGAUACUAUACAGUGUUGUCUACAACAACUCCAAAUAUGCUACAGUGACUCUUACAUAAUCCGACUACCUCUCAGCCAACAUGUUCUUGAUUUGGCGCCAGUAGUCGAACUCGACUGCUGAUUUGACUUCCUCCUUGGAGAGCCACUUGAAGUCUGCCAGACCCAUAGUGUUCUGCUUGAGAUCAAGCUGACCGGCCAUGAUACGAGCCUUCAUGAAGAACGUCUUGG